AUCGUAAUUAUUACAAAAGUUUAAAGAUAUUUAUAUAUAUAUAUAUAUAUACAUAAUUAAUAAUUAAUUAAUGAUUCUUUUUUUUAAACGCUAAUAAUAACUUUCAAUAACAAUCUUUAUAAGUGCUUAACAAAAGGGACUUUACCCCGCUAAUUAACUUAACUCAUUUUUAUUAAUAAGACAAGCAGUGGCAAGUAAUCCCAUCAGAAUCUUACCAUUGCGAUUUGGGGUUUCCGCUUCGUCAUCCCCUUUAUGCUUCCAGCGCGCGCUGCGGUCAUCAGGCGUUUUAAAGCUGUGACAUCAUCAUUCACUCACUGCCAACGCGCAUUCAGCAUGUCGCAAAAGACCCAGGAACCAAUCAUCAACAAGCUGUCCGACUUGCCCAUUGACGAGGCAAAAUGGAUCACUCUCAAGAAGAUUGAAUACACGGACCAGGUGGGCAAGGACCGAACGUGGGAGGUCGCGACGCGCAAGACGAGGGGCAAGGCUGGAGUGGAUGCCGUCGCUAUGGGGAACAUACUUCUGCACCCAUCUAAGCCGCCGUCGACCUUGAUUGUGAUCCAGUACCGCCCGCCGCUUGAUGCGUACACUGUGGAGUGGCCGGCUGGACUUAUCGAUGCGGAUGAGACGGCCGAGCAAGCUGCGGUGCGCGAGUUCAAAGAGGAAACGGGUUACGAUUGUCGCGUCGUGAGCAUCAGCCCGGUCCAAGCUGCGGACCCUGGAAUGAGCAACGCCAACAUGCAAAUGGCAAUGGUGGAAGUAAACUUGAAGGAAGGCGAUGAGGAACCAGAGCAGCGUCUCGAGGACGGAGAGCAUAUUCAGCGCGUCGUCAUCCCUCUCUCUGAGUUCUAUGACCGGCUGGUCGAAUACUCCAAGCAGGAUCGCAUGAUCGUGGCCGCGAAGCUGUUUCAUUUUGCUCAUGGCAUGCAUUUUGCUCAGACUCAGAAAUACUUCUAAUGAUGCGGUCUAGACCUCAGUUGAAAUCUAGUGAUCAAUGAAAGAAAGGGCAUAACGGCAGAGAUUGCCAACAUAGUUAUUCAUUUAUGGUGAAUUGUCUCUGAUAGCCCCCGCAAAAAAAAACAUCGCUGUAGGUUUCACAAUUGGUAACGAAAUGGGAAUAAAUCAUGAGCCCAUAAGUUGAAGCUUGAUAUAAGGCAUGGAUCGACACAGCUUCUAGGAGAUUGUGUGCUUGUUGCGUGUAUGCUCACUGGUCAUCAUACGCUCUCUCACGUAGUUUCGGCUCUGUAGCAUCACCAACAAUUUCCCCUUUACCCAUCCCGCAAGUAAGCGCACUAUAUCAAGAAGACACACAUGCACC